ACUUGCAUGAUGGAGUUAGAUCUACUUGUUCUUUUAUCCAUUUGUCUGUUACAAGCUGGUGCAGUUGAGUCUUGUACUGAAGGAUUCAUGAGUCAUGAUCUCCUCACUGCUAAGGCUGAGCAGAUCACAUCCAGUGUGGAAUCAUCAGUCACUAGACUAGCUGAAUCACAACCAACAAGAUGGAUAUUUGGAUAUGAUUUUAUACCAAAGCCAUCCUGCAACAGCUCACAUGUGAUAACUGGACUUGUACUAGGAGUAGACAUUAGAACAGUAACUGAGAGUCGUAAUGAAUAUCCUCUUUUUGAGGUAUGGAGGAUAAGCAAUGGCAAUCCUGCUUAUUACUACAAGCAACAGAAUAUUUCUGUUGUUUUAACACCAGCUAAUUUUAGCACAAAUGGAACCUACAAAUUCAUGUUUUCUAGAUCAAUCAGUUUUAAUUCAAGCACUCGUUUAGGAAUAUAUCAACCAGCCAAUGGUAAUAGUGUUGUUAGGUUUUAUACAGUACGUCAAUCAAUAGACAUAGAUCUACUAAGAGUAAAAGCUGCAGAUAUCAAUAAUGAUCCACUUGUUUAUUCAACUAAUUUUAAUACUUGGCGUUCUUUUAAUGUCAUUAUGCAUCCAAUAACAGAACCAAAUGAUGACUGCUUUCAAGGUUUCUUAAGUCAAAAUGAUGUGAUUACAAAUAGCUCUGGUAUCACUAGGAUUACAAGGGUUACAAAUGAAGUAAGAGCAUUCCUUGAUAUCCGGUUCACGUGUAACGGAACAAUCAAAAACAUAAUACUGGGAACUUUAAGAUUUGAAAAUCAUUACCCAUUAAUUCAACUUAAAAGAUCAUCUCAACUGAUCAAUGUGUUACGUCCUAACAUUACUGGUGCUACUAAUAUUAGUACUAAUUUGUAUAACGUGAGCCUAAUCAAUCCAGUUGAAGUUAAACCCAAUGAUAUACUAGUGAUAGACAGUUCAAAUGAUGCAAGAAUGUACUACCAGCAAUACAAUGGACCACUCAAUUAUGAAAUUGAGAAUCACAAUGGCGAGUUAGAACUGGAACCACUAGACA